AUGAAGCUGGUCACUGUAUUCCUGCUGGUGGCCAUUGGCCUUUGCAGUUACUCCAAUGCUCUCUCCCUCCUGAGUCCAUUGAAGCCUCUUCUGGACGGUCUGGGCAUUUCUGUUGAGCACCUUGUGACAGGGCUAGGGAUGUGUGUGAAUGAGCUUGGCCCAGAGGCCUCUGAGGCCGUGAAGACACUGCUGGGGGCCCUUUCAUGA